CGAAUAUUUUCUUCAAGUCCCUUUUCAAUUCCCUUUCCAACUUACUUUCCUACAAUAUCCCUCAUCACUCAAUUUUUGAACCUCUUUGCUUAUUAGUUACGUUGAUACGAGCAAGUCCGUCUUUGACAAAACACAAGCCUCUUUCGUCAUAACUCUAAGCUUCUGACUUUCUCUGUCGGGCCUCCCACCUCCCACCUCGUCUUCGACCCAUUCUGGUGCUUCGCCACUUAAGACCGACUCUUCUUUAGACGAACUCCGUCAGACAAGUUUUUAUAAUCAUGGCGGAACACAACAUUGUUGUUUUUGCGGGCGACCACUGCGGCCCCGAGGUUAUUGCUGAGGCAAUCAAGGUUAUCAAGACGGUGGAGGAGCUAAGCCCGACUGCUGGCAAAUUCAAUCUGCAGGACCACCUGCUCGGAGGGUGCUCCAUCGACCAGACCGGUACCCCCCUUACAGACGAGGCUCUCGCCGCCGCCAAAGCCGCCGACGCCGUGCUCCUCGGCGCCAUUGGCGGCCCCAAAUGGGGCACCGGUGCCGUACGCCCGGAGCAGGGCCUCCUGAAGCUACGCAGUGAGAUGUGCGCCUAUGGAAACCUCCGUCCCUGCUUCUUCGCCUCCGACGCCCUCGUCGAGGCCUCCCCCUUAAAGGCAUCCGUCUGCCGCGGCGUUGACAUGAUGUUAGUCCGGGAGUUAACCUCAGGCCUGUAUUUCGGAGAGCGAAAAGAGUACGAUGGGGUUAAUGCGUUCGACACUACUGUUUACACGAAACCAGAAAUCGAGCGUAUCGCGCGGCUGGGCGGCUACCUGGCCAGGACUCGGGGAGACUCGCGGGUCAUCUCGCUGGACAAGGCGAACGUGCUGGCGACAAGCAGACUCUGGCGUCAAGUGGUUGAUGAGGUCUACAAAAAUGAGUUCCCCGAUCUUAAGGUCGAGCAUCAGCUUAUUGACAGUGCGGCCAUGAUCAUGGUCAAGAACCCGACGCAGUUGAAUGGCGUUAUAAUUGCGCCCAACUUGGCAGGGGAUAUUCUCAGCGACGAGGCGAGCGCCAUAGCUGGAAGCAUAGGGCUUCUCCCGAGCGCGAGUCUCUGCGGGAUUCCGGGCUCUGCAGUGCGUUCCAUCUGUGAACCGAUUCAUGGCAGCGCGCCGGAUAUAUCAGGGAAAGGGAUUGUUAAUCCCAUUGGCACCAUCCUUUCCGUAGCCAUGAUGUUCCGUUACUCUCUGAAUCUCGCCCACGAGGCCAAAAUCGUUGAGGACGCGGUCCGCGCUGCCAUUGACGCCGGGCUGAGAACCAAGGACAUGGGCGGCAGCACGGGCACCGCAGAAGCAGGAGAUGCCAUCGUUGCUGAGCUGGUCAAGAUUCUUAAGGCGUGAGAUGUCUCACGCGAACAGGAGAGUGGACAGAGGGGUUGAAAGGGGGAAAUGGGAGGUGAAGGUGUGGAAGGUUUGAAGAAAAUAGUGGUUGUCGAGCGAAGGAAGUCGGGAAAAGAAGUUUUGGAGGAAAAUAGUUGUUGACAGAAGCGGUUGAGAAGAGAUUGGUUGACGCUGAAAAGUGUUGACGAAGAAAGGGGUUGGCAGAAAAGGGGCACCCAAAAAUCAGCUGCGAGGUUGAACCCAUGUGAGAAAUGACAAAGAGGGUUGAAAAAAAA